UAUAGUUCUUCUCUUCAUAGUGAGUGAGAGAGAGAGAGAGAAUGGUUUCCAGGGUUCACAAGAGAACAGCACUGUAUAGGAGCAUACAACAGCUUCGUUCAAUCACUAACUCCCAUGCGCGCCGUAAAACGUCUGUGAUACUGGAUGCAUCGAAGUACAUACGUGGUUUAAAGCAGAAGUUGCAAGAAUUGAACCAAUUAGCAGUUGCUGCAGCCCAAAAGGACAUUGAGUAUGGUCCAGUAAUGCCCAUGCUAAAAGUGGAACCACAAGAAGAGGGGUUUAUGAUCAAGGUGCUGAGUCAAAGGAGUUGUCAGGGGUUGUUGGCGUUUAUAUUGGAAGCCUUUGAAAGGCUUGGUCUUGAGGUGCUCCAGGCUAGGGCUUCUUGUGUGGAGAGCUUCUCUUUAGAAGCAUUUGGAAUCAAAGAGAAAAAUGACGAUACCCAUCGAGUGGAUGCACAAGUAGUUGAGCAAGUUGUGUCUCGAGCUAUAAAUGAUUGGAGGAAAGUUACAAAGCAAUGUUGAUCCAGCAAUGAACGUGUCCUAAUAAGAACACGUUUUCUUUUCAUUAUUUUUUGGGGGGUUAAUUCUUCCAGUUAAUGUUAUUGCUUCAUCCUUCAAAUGGGUCGGAUCGACUGUUUGCCUUCUUAGCCCAAUCUACUGAUUAGAUGUGUAUGAUAUAUAACUUGUGGGAAUGGUGACCAAGCUUUGGACAGCGCAUUAUUAUUUUGUUUUCAAUUCCACUUAUGUUAUGUUGAGUGUGAGACAAUGAGGAGCUGUAAAUAUUUCAGAUAGAAGAAACCCUUUGGUACUUCAUUCUAGAAAACAACGUUUAAAAACCAAA